AUGUGCACAGACCAAUCGCAUGACGUAACAGUAAAUUUUGAAAUGAGGUUAUGUAUAAAAUAUAAAAAAAUUUAAUAAAUAAAAUCGGAGCUGAAUUAAAUAUAUAUUUUCAUUCGAUUAUGCUAAAGAAGACCUAAUCUAAAAAUAUAUUGUAAUGAGAAUCGGCUGGUUUCAAAAGUUCGUGAACAAAUGGCCAGGAAAGAAGUACUUGGGCAUGUAUAGAUUUCUGCCUAUGUUCUUCGUGCUUGGAGCAACCUUAGAGUUUUCUAUGAUAAAUUGGAAAGUUGGUGAAGUCAGCUUUUAUAAUACGUUCAAGAAGCGCCAGGCCCACGAGAUAGUUGAAGAAAAGAUCAAGAAAUAUUCAGCAGCGUAAAAAUGCCAGCCGGAGUAUCUUGGGGUCAGUAUAUCUCCUUCUCUGUAGCUGCGAUGGCGUCGAUGCUGGCAGGGUCACAGAUAGUGCAUCAGCACUAUCGCCCGCUACAAGAUUUAAAUGAUUAUAUCACCCGAGAGUUGAAAAAUCUUCCUGAAAA